AUGUCUGAAGGAUCAUCGCACGGCACCUGGGAGAUCAAUAAGCUGGAUCAACCACAGCCAGCCUGGCUGAUCGACAUUCUCAAUCGGCCGAGGCCGUCGGCGCCGUUACAGCCCUGGUCCCCUCCCGACGAUCCAGAUAAGCCGAGUCUCCCAUAUAUUCCGGGCCUUGCCCUGGACAUCGAUCGCCACGUACCACCACCACCUUUCAUCGAAAGUCUUCGGAACAACUUGGAGCCGCGCCCUCCAGUGUCUGAAGAUUACCUUCGCAGCACUCCGCAGAGCAAGGCCGUUGUGGACAACCCCCCUAUCGAGACCGACCCACCCACCCGACCCGAGACGGCGCGGUUGGUAGUUACCUCCCCCAUCUGUAUCGGGGCGAUCCGCGGUGCUCAGAUUGUCAGCUGUAUAAUUCAUCCCAAAUCGGGCAGCAGCCCUUACGAGGCCACUGCCAAGAUCUACGAUCCACUAUACUACAACCCCAAGCCUACCCACGAGCCGCGAGACGUUGUGUAUGAUGCCGACCAAGAUUACAGCAACGAAGCAUCAGCUUAUAACCAGCUUCACGAGACUGGACAAGCAGGCUCGUCUGCUCCAGCGUACUAUGGGUCCUGGACAUUUCACCCACCCAUUACCGUCGACAGCAAGUCAUGUAGUAGACCAGUUCGAUUGAUAUUGAUGGAAAAGCUGAAUGGAAGCACAAUCCGAGAUACUCGCAUUCGAAAUAAUCCAAACAUACGGGAAGGAGACUCCUUCCAUUACCCCGAAGAGUAUAGACUGGGAAUAUUAGCACAUGCUAUGGACGCCUUCGUCAGGCAGUUGCAAUUCGGAGUCAAUCAGUUCGAUUUCGCCGGGCGCAACGUUGUACUUGUGCAAGACGAUCAGAAGAUCUCCCAGACAUCGGUGACUUCAGGCGGACUGCCUCUACCACGCGUCGUACUGAUUGACUACAACCAUGCCAUCGUCAACCAAGCUUCUUCCUAUCCAUCGCUGCCCGAGAACCCCAUCGCCAUAUUUUGGAAGGUCUAUCUCUGGGCAGACUUCGCAGGUUGGGUCCCCAAUGAGUGGGAGGAUGGCAAGUCUCACAAGAAGUGGCUUAUUCGGCGGUUCAACGGAGACAGCCAGAGACAGCUCUAUCUACCUGUUGACGACGAGAGAAUCAUGGAGGAGAUGGAAAAUUACCGUGAAGCUGGAUGCUAA